CUUCCUCCUAGCGCGUCCCGCCGUUGUCGAUAUAAAGAGCUGGUUUUCGCUGGCUCGCAAAGACAAAACGAUUGGGACUGCGUAUCACAAGGGACCACCAUGAAAACCUACGUGCUACAAGCCCUUCUGCUCACGCUUGCUGUCGCAGUUGUGCGCGCAGCCAACACAGGAAUCGAGUGGCCGCCAAAGCCACAGAAGUGCGCCGAAGGCGAAACCUGGAAGGAAUGCGUCGGAAGUUCAUGCGCUGAACUCACCUGCGAACACCCGGAGCCUUCCCUCGGAUGCACCUACGACUGCAACUAUGGAUGUUACUGCGCUCCAGACUUCUUCAGGAAUGCCAAUAAAGAAUGUGUCAAGAAGGACAAGUGCCCUUGAAAA